GCCAGAAAGUUCCCAUGGUAACUGACACGCAACCCCCCCCCCUUCCCUGAGGACCUCUGCCUCCCUAUUACCAGUUUUGAAGAGAGACACCCAGCCCCCUUAGCAACGGUCGCCGUUGAAACGGAGGAGACGCCCCCCGCGGAUUGGCUGAGCUGAGCCUCUCUGCCGCGUAGAUUGGCUGGAGCGUCGCUGGAAGGCCAGGCCUUGGCAGUCGCUGCCCGAAAACUGGCUGUCCGAGACCGAGGCAGGACCCAGCCUGUGGAGACCCGUGGCACUAAGGAAUGAAGAGAUGCUCAGCCGAAAGCCCAGUCAGUUCCUAGGAGUGAGGGUGCAGUCGGAACCCGAACAGCCCUCCGAACUGCGGCAGGACCCAGAGAAGGAUCCCAGCUCAGUGGGCGGAUCGACGACGCGGACCGAAAUAGGUGUGCGGAUCGAGUCGGCAACACCGGCCUCCGCCUCCGUGGCAGCAGAUGAAUAUCCUGGAGCCAACUUGUUCCCGCCCCCGCUGCCCCCGCCACGGAUCUGCAUGUGGAAGUACCUGGAUAUCCAUUCCAUGCACCGGCUGGAGAAGACAGCCAACGUUGAGGAGAUGAGGGAGGUGCUGGUUGAACUGUUGGAACUAGGCUGUCCUGAACAGAGCCUGCGAGAUGCCAUCACCCUGGACCUCUUCUCCCAUGCACUCAUCUUCUGCCGCCAACAGGGCUUCUCACUGGAGCAGACAUCAGCAGCUUGUGCCCUGCUCCAGGAUCUUCACAAGGCCUGUGUUGCAACUCCCUUGGGCAACGUGGAGGAAUGCUACCGCUUCUUCACCAGUGCUCUCUUUUGCCAUGGAGUCAGGCGACCCCCCUUUAGCAUCAACCUCUUUAAGGAGGAACAGCUGUUGGCCCUGGCAGACUAUGUGGUCAACACCUACUUCCGCCACUUCAAACUGUAUAAAUAUGUCUUCACACCUCAGGUUCGGCUAGAUCUAUCUUUGACUUAUAUGGGGCUACAGCCACCCAAGAGCUAUCCAGAGGAGAAAGAAAGCAGCAAGGAGGCAGAGGAACAAACAGUCGCCUCAGAGGAAGAGAAACCAGAGACAGUGCCCCAGCCUGAGCAAGAGCCAAGCCAGGUCGGACUCCUCAGAACCUACAUCAAGACUCAGUUAAACAAGGAGCUGGGACAGAUCCAACAGCUGGUUGAGGAGCGACUCAAGGCCAGUGAGGAAAGGCUCAAUAGUAAACUGACUGCCCUAGAACAGCCCUUCCAGCUACCUCCACACAAAGGCAAGAACAAGACUAAGUAAUACCCAGUAUUUUCCCCAAUAAAGGCCUGGGCCAGAAUGGCCCCAUCCCCGCACCUCCUCCUGUGUACCUUCUGGGCUUUCCUG